CCACUGCACCAAAUGCAACGUUGUACCGCCACACACUUGCCGUUCAUUUGUCGUUGAGCAGAAACCGUCCCUGUUUGGUCGGACACCACACAGACACCUCGUUCUAGUUCGACGCAAGGCGGGCCUUUUAAUCAUCGCAAAUUCCCCGAAAACGCGGCAACCUGAUGACUAUGGCAGAAGGCACCGACCCCAUGGGGCAUCAGGCGGGUUCCCAUCAUCACCAUCACCACCAUCAGCACCAUCAGCACCAUGCGACUCAUCAGCACCACCAUCCGCACCACCACCAUCAGCAGCAGCAGCUGCAUCAGCGCCAACCGCCGCAUCCACACUAUGCGCCAUACGCCGCUGCUGCCGCCGCCGCCGCCGCUGCCCACAUGCAGUAUCCGCUGCCACAGCAUCUGCCACUGGCGCUCAGUAUGCAACAGCAAGCUGCUGCAGCAGCAGCCGCAGCUGCCGUCGCUGCCGAACAGGUGAACAACAACCAACCCUUUGUGGCCAACAACAAUGUGCCGUGGAAGCAACGCAAACGGAAACGUCUGUCCGCCGUGCUGGAUAAGCUGCAUAACCACAACAACCAUAACAGCAGCAGCAACAGAUUCGCCAACAAUGGUAGUGGCAACAAUAAUAAUAACAACAACAACGUUGGCGACCACAGCAAUCACAAUCACAGCCAUGACGAGCCAUUGGAUGGCGAUGAGGAUGUCGAGAAUGAGGCUAAUUACAAGCACCGCACUAACAACAACAGUAUGGGCAGCAACCACAAUGUGAGCUCGAAGCGUCAGAACUGCGGCGAAGACAGUGGGAAAGCGCCAAUGAGCAAUAAACGUUCCAUUAGUGAAGUGAGCGGCGAUGAAGCCGACCAAGAGCCUGAAUGUGACGCUGUGUCGGAAGACCUGUCGCAUGACAACGACAGUCCGCGCAUCAGCAUGAGUCCACUGCAGCUGGUCUCUUCACGCGAUAGUCCGUCGAGUGCGCCCCACCCCGUUGUGGUCGCGGCGACUUCCACUCCCAGUGAUAACCCGCUGCACGUCGACAUCAAGACUGAGCACAUGCACAAUCCCUAUGAUCGUUACUUUCCCAUACCGUCACCACUCUUUGGCUACUACUUGCACACCAAGUACUUGAAUGAAGUAUUUCGGCGACGGCAGGAUCUCUACACGUCACCCAUGCAGCACACGCCUUCGUCCAUUGCCUCGUCAAUCGCGGAUGAGACUUCGCCCACAAGCUUGCCGAAUGCGGGUGCUAAUCUGGACCAUCCUCCUCCGUUCCCACCCACGUCGACAGCCACUGCUCAGGUCGCCAACGUUGGUUCCGGUCGUUCGCCGCCGCCAGCCGUCACCGUCGCACUCCCUUCACCGCCACGUAGCGAUUCGUCGGUCACUGCGACUUCAACGGCCAAUACGCGCUGCAGCCCCUCACCAGCUACACAAGCUAACACCUCGGAUCCGGCCAUCAUGCCGCCACCGCAAGAUCGUCCCUUGGAUCUGUCGGUACGCAGCGGUGGCACCACACCCACCUCCGAGCNGCGCUCCUUCGCUCGCUCGGAUAUGCUCACACGCCACAUGCGUCUGCACACGGGCGUCAAGCCCUACACCUGCAAAGUAUGCGGUCAAGUCUUCUCACGUUCCGAUCACUUGUCCACCCAUCAGCGCACCCAUACCGGCGAGAAGCCAUACAAGUGCCCACAAUGUCCGUAUGCCGCGUGCCGCCGAGACAUGAUUACGCGGCAUAUGCGCACGCACACACGUUACGAGUCGCAACAGCGCGGCGGUGGUGGUUCCAACCACAGUGGCGCAGGCGGUGAGGUGGGUGGACCAUCGAAAUCACCCUUGCCGCUGCUGAGCGAUAUGAAGAUGAAUUUACCGUUGCUGUUGAAGAGUGAAGAGCUAGCGGGUAAAUCGCCAAUGCACGGCGGUAUCGGCGGCGGACUGCCGAUCGUGGUGAAAACAGAGAGCGCCUAGUGGCGGCAUUAUACCUAUAGGGGCUGUAAGGCAUAGGUGCUGUAGAAGAAGGCUCUCCUAUGGAGAGCUAUAGAGCAGAGAUUACUAGAAGUGUAUACACAUGAUAUCCGUGAAAAGUGAAGCGAAGUGUAGAAUAUCUACUAACUAUACAGAGUAUGCGUAAAGAGUAGCUAAGUUGGGUUGAUAAAGUAACUGUAAAGUAUGUAGAGGAUGAAAUGAACAUUUUAUUUUUCGGAAAUCUCUUUGUAAAGACUGAGACUAAUUUAAGCGUUGUAAUGAAUUUAGGUGUAUUUGUUUUUUUUUUUUGUAAAGAAGACAUGAGAAAGCUACAAGAAAAUGUUUGAAAUGGUGCAAGCUUGUAUGUAUAGUUUAUUAAGUGUAAAUAGCUGACGCUGAGUGGCGGUGAGAUGCGGAACACUCUCGUUAAACUCGAAUAAUCGAAUGAAUCGAAUAGGCUUCGCGCGUAGGAAGAAAUUGAAUUGAAAGCUUCGAUCGGAGGUGACUCGGCGUGACGCUUAGAGAGCUUACACCAGCGGCAAUGAGAGAGAGUUUUCACUUUGUGCGCGUUCGUAUCUUACCAAUAGAAAGCUUUAGAAAGCUUCACCAACGGGAUAUAUUUCGAUGGCGACUGGCUUAGCUUAAAUUCUUUCUCGUUCGCUUCUUCUCACUGAGCAUCCGCUCAUCCGUCGGCGUUGUCGGUAUUGAGGCCAAAUUUGAUAUUUUAACUUAUUAACAGUACGAUUGCGUACUAAAAUUUUAGUUUUAAGUGAAAUGGUUGUGAACGGCAAUUCAGCAUUGUUUCGUUUUUUCCCAAGCACAAGCAUUUUUCUCUCCUUAUCUCCCUCUCUAUCUCGGUUUUCUUCACAUUCACGAAACGACGAAACAAACAAAAAAGCUAGUAAUUUAAGAGCUUAUUGACACAUGUAUGUACACUUUAAUUUUAAGUUAAAUAAUCAUUUGCUAAUUACAUAGUUGAAAGCGAAUAAUUGGAUUUCAUUAGUUUUACAAUCUAAGUUAACAAAUUCGUAACUUAUAAUCGACACACACAUUUGAAAAGCCCACAAAUUAAUUUUAGGUAUAAUUUCUAUUGGUAAAAAUCCCAACUAUAUGGCAUCGUAGUAGAUAUGCGUUAGUAAUUUAUUCUAAUUUUGUAAGCUGCUUAAAUUUAAGUUACAAAAUAUAUUUAAUUAUUAUUUAUUGCUAGUGAAAAAGGUGUGUAGGCCUAAUACACACAAAAAUGCAAGAAAAAAAACAUUGUAUUACUACGAAAAAGUGAAGACAAAAAGAGAACGAAGCGACAAAAGACAAAGAAUGCGCGCUCUUUCCCCUCACAAGCGCUCAAAACGCUGAAGCAGCGCUCUAAGUCCAAUAAAAAAAAAUUCCAACUAAUACCUAGAGACCUUAAAGCUGGUUAACAAAAACAAAAAUUCCUAAAACUUAAUUUAAUUAUUGCGAUGUGUGA